GGCUUACAGCUCGAGGCACCCCGUCCGUUUGAGUCUAUCACAAGGAGUGAAGACCCCGACGCAGCUGCCACGUGCUGUCUGAGGUGCCUGCUUAUGGAAUCCCUCCUGGCCACGGUCCUGGCGGUGGCUGUGAAACGUGAGGCCUCCGCGCUUGCCCAGAUGCUGAUCUGAACCGUGCCCCUAGGACUGGACGGGCGCUGCACGGCGGCAAUGAACCUGAGCAGCAACUAGCUCCAAAGGAAGCGCAUCGGUGUGGAUCCUCGUUCCCCCCUCGCCGUGGAAACGUGGCCUGGCACCUCUGGAAGAUGAGUGAUGGCAUGUGGAUCUCCCUCAGCCCGACGGAAUUUGCACAGCUCCAGCAAUACUCAGACUAUUCCACUAAGAAGCUGAAGGAUGUCCUGGAAGAGUUCCAAGGGGACGGGGUCCUCUCCAAAUACAACCCAGAGCAGAAGCAAGACACCCUCAACCAAGUAAGAGACCUGCCUGCUUCUCGGGGGUUAGGGGUGGUCAGGUUGGUAGCGUCUGCUUUGCAUGCUGGCAUCUACCCACUCACUAGAAGUCCCGGCAGGGCAGCUCCUCCUCUUGGGGCCAGUGGAGGCCGGGGAGCCUCGCCCUGUGCCCAGCCUGGCCGGGGGCGCUGGGCAGACGUCUGCAAGAGCAGCGGUGGGAGCUUGGGCAGAGCUUUCAGGGCAGCCGGUUACAUUCUGGGUGGGGCCGGGGGAAAUGCCAAGCGGCGGCCCCAUGCGCAGUCCUGUGGAGAUCUUCCAGACAAGAUGGCGCACGUUCCAGCAGGCCGGGGGGGCGGGGGCUUCCCCGGUUUUAUCCCCCUCAGCAAGGGGUUCCAGCUCUUCAUGAAGACGUACCUGGAGGUGGAUAUUCCGGAGGAGCUCUGCCAACACCUCUUCAUGUCCUUCAAGCGCAAGAUCUGCCAGCGCUCCCCAGAGGCGCCGCGCCCGGGGGCCAGCAUCUCGCAGCUCAACAGCCUGGAGCCGAAAUCUAUUGAUGCGGGCAUUUCCAUCCAGACUGAAGUGGUCUGCGCUCCUGUCACAGGGAUCAAUGGGAAAAUGCUCUUAAGUGCCGUGGGCAGACACACUCCGGAGGCCAGGAGCUCCCCCUCUAGCCUCGCAGAGCAGCCGGCCUCUUCUCUGGCCCCCGCGCCUCCAUCCCACCCCGGCGCCCUGGUGAACGCCUCUCCCAACUGGUCCAGGACCUCCUCUCAGAAAUCCACCGCUGGCACGCCCUCCGCUCGCAACUCCUCGGGGUCCUCCAAGAUCUCCGCCGGGUCUGUGCUCAGCCCGCAGUCCCCAGGCUCCCGGAGCUUAGAAAAGAGGUUACCCUUUGGUCUGCGCAAGAACCACAACUCCCUGAAAAUGGCCAAUGUGCACCCACCGGCCCUGGCAUCCCAAGUGGCCUACCUGAAGGACAUCGUCUGCUACCUGUCGCUGCUGGAACGGGGCCGGGCUGAGGACAAGCUGGAGUUUAUGUUCCGUCUCUACGACACCGACGGCAACGGCGUCCUGGACAGCUCGGAGCUGGAUCGGAUCAUCAGCCAGAUGGUGCACGUUGCAGAAUACUUGGAGUGGGACUCCACGGAGCUCAAGCCGAUUUUGAAGGAGAUGAUGGAGGAAAUCGACUUCGACCAUGAUGGGACAGUGACGCUGGAAGAGUGGAUCCGCGGUGGCAUGACCACCAUCCCCUUGCUGGUCUUGCUGGGGAUGGAGACUGUGAGUCGCCGGGUCUGGGCAGAGACGGCCGCGCCCAGCCCUGGGCUCAGAUGUAACUCAGCAGCCCCCACGCCAACCCCCCUCCGAGAUGGCUGCAUGGGCCUGGAGAGAGCUCCACCCGUCAUGCCGCACACCUGGAUCGAGGGGAACUCCCCGGUCAAGUGCGACCGGUGCCACAAAAGCAUCAAGUGCUACCAGGGCAUCACCGGGCUGCACUGUGAGGAGGGGGGCAGCCUGCUGAAGGUGCUGAAGGACGUGGAGCACAGCACGGAGGUCAUGCUGGACCGCUGGCGCAUUGACGUCAUCCCCGCCGACAAGGAGGAGAAUGGCGACCCCGUCCCGUACAGCAUCAUCAACAACUACUUCUCCAUCGGCGUGGUGAGCGGCGCCGACAAGGAGGAGAAUGGCGACCCCGUCCCGUACAGCAUCAUCAACAACUACUUCUCCAUCGGCGUGGUGAGCGGCUCGGCUGGCCCUGCUGUGGCCGGACACGCUCACGCCUGUCCCCGCUCUGUCCCGUGGGCCAGGAUGAAGAACAAGCUGUGGUACUUCGAAUUCGGCACGACGGAGACCUUUGCUGCCACCUGCAAGAAGCUGCACGAGUACCUGGAGGUGGAGUGCGACGGCACGCUGCUGGACCUGAGCAGCACCUCGCUGGAGGGCAUUGCCGUGCUCAACAUCCCCAGCAUGUACGGUGGCUCCAACCUCUGGGGCGAGACCAAGCGGCAGCGCAGCUACAACCGGAUGAGCAAGAAAGUGCCCGAAAAGCUGCACUCCACGGUGGUCACCGACGCCAAGGAACUCAAGUUCUGCGUCCAAGACCUCAGCGACCAGCUCCUGGAAGUGGUGGGGCUGGAGGGGGCGAUGGAGAUGGGGCAGAUCUACACCGGCCUGAAGAGUGCUGGGAAGAGACUGGCCCAGUGCUCCUCCGUCACCAUCAGGUACCGUCCCGCCUGCGCCCACUGGGAGUCAGUCCCGCCCCGCCUGCCUUGCUGCCUGGGUUUGGUCGCUUACGCUGCUGCGCCCUAG